UGGUUUUGUUGCCUUGGCGACGGUGAGGGGUUUGGUUGCGUUACGUGUAUGGAGGAAGUAGCUGCCGAUGUGAUCUCCGACACCGUGUGAGAGACUGAGACAGACACCUGAACACACGAUUCCAGCCAUACUGCUAUUUUACAGGCACCGCGUGCAUGAAUGUAAGUAGUUGAAAAUGAGUCUUUAUUUCAUUUUAUGUUAUGAGAUAUUACAGAAUGCUUUGUGUUUUUCUUGGCCGGUGAAAGGCAGCGCGAAGUAAAUGGGAGCAGUGACUGAUGGCUCGAGCAGCCAGCAUGGCAGUUCUAUAGCGGACAACAUGUACUUCCCCCAUUUGUUCUCCGAACUCUAGCUUUGCGUUAUGGUAUGACCUCCCUGGUUUAAUGGGUGCAAUCAUCGGGAUGUCGCCGGAUAAGAAAGCGGAAACGCCGGGGAUGCAGGGGGAGAGGGCGGGGCUUAGGGGCUUGUGCCGGGGGGUGGGGACUCUCCCAGAGGCAGAGUGCGGUGCAGCCAGCCCAUUGGCCACCAGUCUGGACCGGGGUUCCGGGGGCUCUGAGGACGAGGAGCUCACCAACCUCAACUGGCUCCAUGAGAACCUGCUCCAGAACUUUACCCUAGGGGGGCCCGGUGAGGCCGGGGGGGCCCAACCCAGCGCCAGCCCCCUCUUUGACAUUGAGGGCAACACCGGAGCCCCGCAGAACCCCCCCUCUUCAUCCUCUUCCACCUCGUCACAGAGGGACUCGUUGAAGUCCAAGCCUCCAUUCUCAUUCUCUCUGUUGAUCUACAUGGCCAUAGAGCAGAGCCCCAGUAAGAGCCUGCCGGUGAAGGACAUCUAUGGUUGGAUCGUACAGCACUUCCCCUACUUCUCCUCGGCCCCCACCGGCUGGAAGAACAGCGUCAGACACAAUCUGUCACUCAACAAGUGUUUCCGCAAGGUGGAGAGGAGCCUGGGAAUGGUGAAUGGUAAGGGUUCCCUGUGGUGUGUGGACCCAGAGUACAGGCCCAACCUGAUCCAGGCGCUGAAGAAGCAGCACUUCCCUGCAGCACAUGCCUUCUGCACACCACCUGCCUCCCCACCGCCUGCCUCCUCACCCCCUAGACAUCUCUUCCUGCAGGGCUGCUCUCUCAAAGAGUCUGACAUAGAUGCUGCUACUGCCAUGAUGCUCUUAAACGCCGCCCCUGGCCAUCACCAUGCCGACCCAUGUGAUCCAGAGAGUCCCCUGGACCUGUCCCGGCCAGACUUGGUGCUGGUGAGCAGCGAUCCUAAGCAGGACCACAACUACAGCAGCAUGGCCCUACAGCGCUGCUCCUCCCACUCCUCCUCCUCCUCCCUCUCCUCCCUGGACGAAGGAGGCACCUCCCCCGGCCACGCCCGCCACAGGCCCCGUACAUGCCGCGCCGGCAGCGAGGGUUUCCAUAGCGACGAGGAGGACUCCGACCUCGGGGACCGGGACGAGAGAGACUGCCGCCCCCGGCCUGCUCCUCGCCGCUCCUCCUCCUCUUCGGUGAAGCACCCGGCGGGUAAGAGGGCCCGUAGGGAGGUGACAGCCAAGCCGGAGCUGGAUGAGGAGCUGAAGGAGGCGGCUGGGUCUCUGCUCCACCUGGCUGGGAUCCGUACCGCCAUGGACCUUAACAAACGCAGUGCCAAGAGCAAAAAACUGAACAGGAAAUGAGGUUCCUUCCUGCCCUUGCCCUCAGACUCCCGCCCCUUAACCCCUUACCCCUGAUCGUGUGUCCUGAUUGGUCCUGGUUGUGCCUCCUUCUCCUUUUCUGUUUGCUGAUUGGCUGAUUUUGAGCCCGUUUUUUAGUUUGACACAUUAUGGGAUGGGAUAUCCCUCACUAUCCAACACAACAAAUGGCAAUAGUAUUAUUCACACAGGAGAACAAAGCCAUAUUGAGACUUUUGUAACUCGGGCGUAUCAGGUGGGUGGGUCAGGGUUAAGUGGGGUGUUUGUGGACUACUGAGAAGAACCAUCACAAAACUGCCUGUUUUUCUGAUGGCUUAGCCGCAGAUCCUCGCAAUUCAAAUUAUGUUUUGGUGGAUCAAAAAAAGUCAAGAUGGGAAAAAGCUGAAAGUUUUUAUAACUCAAAGCAUUGCAUGCUUCCUCCUCAACCUGUAUCCUCUUCCAUGUGAACCUAUUUCUAAGAGAAUGAGUGCAUGUUUGUAACAAACUAACCUCUCCUCUCAUGUUGUAGUUAGUUUCUCCGUGCUGAAGAUACCACUGUUUUUUAUAGGCCACAACCUUGGUCUGGAAAUAUCUUCCAAAGAGAUGCAAUAACUUAAACCACUCUUUAUAUCAUUUUAUUUUUUUAGUGUUGGUAUUUUCCUGGGUUGAUGAUGUGAGGAGGAUGGAAUCAUCCUUACACGGAGUAGAAUACUGGACCGGUUCCAUGUCAGGGAGUGGAAACGUAACAAAGGGAAUGUUGGAACUCUGACACUGCCAUGUUAAGUAGGGAAUAAAACAAAGAUGGCCGACUGCUAGUUCUACUCUGAGAGGGAAACAUCAUUACAUCUUCAUGCCAUUAGAACCUACUCCUCUUCAUCGCUCUUCCUCUGCUGACCCCUCUAAUUCUGUUUAUACACUAAACACAUUAUUUGUGUUUAGUGUGUAAACUGAGAAAUUACAUUUGAUGCAGGCCCUAUUCGAUCCUGUCCUAUUCUAUCCUGUCUUAUCCUGUCUUAUACUAUGCAAGGUGUAGUGUAGACUAAUCUGGCUGAAACAUAGCAAAUGUUGUUGUAACCAUAGUGAUCCCAAGACGAUGCGCUUGGCAUGAGGGCACUCACUGGCAGAUGUGCUGCUCAGUAUUCAAUUAUGUAAUACUAGUCACAUCUACUCUGACAUUAGUAUUCAGGCCAAAGGGAAGUUAAAACAAAGAUGUUAUCAUAAUGUUGUCGUGAGGUUAGAUGGACAAUGUUAUGAGAGUCCAGACUGUUAUUGUACUACUGCCCCUCCUGAAUGUUGUGUUGGCUGACCCUGUGGCAGAGUUCAGACUGUGUUGACAGAAAGAGGCAUUGCUUCGUCUUGUUCCACAUUAAGGAAACACGGAGGGCAAAAUUAGGAAGUGCACCACUCUUCUCUCUGCUGUACAGUAAUGUGUCUACGGCCAGUUGAUUACAUUGAGUUCAGUGACGGAAAGUACAGGAUGUGGAAACAGAACUUGUGAAGCCAGACUGGUGCUCUUCGUGCUUGCAUGUAUUAACUUGCAUUAGUAAGCAAAACACCAAUAUGCCCAUAUGAUUAGAAUAGCUUUUAGUUGGUGCACUGCAGUACAGUGUACUGUCCUCUGUCAUGAGCCAACUUAAGUGCAAGUUAAGUUUGCACUUGUGUUGUAUCACAGGGAAUAAUGUUAAAUUAAGUCAUGUUGGUAAGUAUAGAUUGUAUGCAGUGCCAAACAUUAAUUUGUGUCACAUAAGUGAAACUACCAAGGCCAUUGCGACAAUGUUCCUCUUCUCACAGUAUUUGUGACUGACCGUAACAUUGUUGCCCCAGUUUUCUAGAAGCCUGCCAAGAGGAAAUGUAGGAAAACUCUGACCUAGUCUGAUAUGCAGUUUAUUUUGGUUGUUCUGGAAUGGGAAUCGCUGUGUUCUUAGAAGGGGAAUUUUGUUCUUAGAACUAAACUGCAGUUCUCCUAAAUAAGAUGGACAUAGAAUACACUGGUCUUACCUGGCUGUGAAUAAACAAAGAACAAAUUAAUGGUGUCCAUUAAAUCAUCCAUUUAUUUAUAAUAUUUAAUUUAUAAUGGACUAUUAAAAGGAACUUCUCCUAUCAAAUAAAGGUAAUUUGAAGUGAGUGGAAAUGUUACUUCCUCUCUCCCCUCUGGAAAAUCCUUUUGAUGAGACUUUUUUAGUUUAGUUUUAUUUUCAUUAUAUUUUACUGCCAUAGACCACUACUUUCACUAUGUGUUAUAGUGAUGGUGUGUCUGAGAAAUAACUGUAUAUUGCCAAUGUAUAUUAUCUUUCGAGCGGGUGUUUUUCAAUUUAACUACGACUGCCAAGUUUCCAGAUGUUUUUGUUGUUGGAGAAAAGACAAUUGAUUAACAUAUUGAUUCUGAACCAUUUUUUGCCGACAAUGAUGUUGUACAGAGAAAGCAGAGGUAGACAUUUCAGAUGACAUUCCCUAUCUAUUUGAUAGGGAAAGUUGAUGUAAUCAUCAUGAACUUCAAAGCCUUUAUCUGAAUUUGUAUUGUUUAUGUUUAGAUAAUAUUCUGACUGCCCUAAGUAGUCACACCAUAGAUAUUAGUUGGCACUCCCUCGCCAUGUUAGGAUCCUGCCACCACAGAAGUCACCUACACUUACUGACACUAAAAACCCACAUUUCCAAGGGUUGCCCUGGUGUUAGUCUUGGUACCCCCAUGGACUUCUGUUUAAACUCAGAUAGUUGAGAACAAGUUACAGUAACUUGUUCACGCUGUAGCCCUUGUAGCUAGAAGAAAGGUCUUAUCAGACUCACAGUGAAGUGAAUGUUUUAAUACUGAACAAAAAUAUAAAUGCAACAUGCAUUUUUACUGAGUUAGAGUUUAUAUAAGGAAAUCAGUUAAUUAAAAAUAAAUUAGGCCCUAAUCUAUGGAUUUCACAUGACUGGGCAGAGGAGCAGCCAUGGGUGAGCCUGGGAGCCAGACCCACCCACUGGGGAGCCAGUUCCAGCCAAUCCGAAUGAGUUUUUCCCCACAAAAGGGCUUUAUUACAGACAGAAAUACUCCUCAGCACCUCAAAGACUACUAAACACGAUGGGGCACCAUAGCGGUCUAUAUCGUCACCAAUAAGGUUCACUUGACACAGUGACAAAUGAUGCUAGGCUCAAAGCAGCAUACAUAGGAUGCAUCAUUGUUUGAAAACGUAUUGAUUAUGCAACAACAACUAAAAAUCUCUCAAAUUCAGUUGCAAUUUAUUGAUUAUGAUAAAGCGUUUUGUCGCGUUGAACUGACUAAAGCUGCCACCCCAGUAUCCGUCAGUCGUCUGCCAUGUCUCUUCGACAGAACUUUUGGUUUUUGUGUGUGCUAAACUCUGUUAAUAAAAUGUUUAUAAAGUUUAUUUUCGCCAAAGAUAUGCAUUAUAUAUGGUAUUACAAAAUAAAACAAAUCUUGUUUUAUCA